AUUUCAGCUGAAAAUUCUUCUCUUUCUUCAUUUGCCUCUGAUAUGGAUUCUGCAUCAUCCCCCAUGGAGGAAUCGUCCAAGAUAAAAGACAUUAUAGAAUGUUACGAGAAGCGAACCUCCCCUAGUGCCACAAACGGUCGUGUUGAUAAUACAAAUAGGGUGGAAAGAGUCAAAAACUCUAUUCAGGAAACGUUAGAUGCGAGUUUUACAAACGACUGUGCCUUGAGAGAUUCAGACUCGGAAAACAAUGACGAAAGUAAAGUAUCCGAUAUUAUCAAGAAAUUUGAAACGUAUAGGCAGACUAUGCCCAAAUAUUGCAGAUCGCAAGUGAGCACGGAUACUUUGUUCUAUUGCUGCAUGAUCAUUGAAAGGGUUCGGGACGAGGCUCAAAUAAAGUUCAAAUAUCCCUCAUGUGUUGAAAUUCCGCAAAAUCUAGAAGACCUUUGCUUUCCAGAAAGUGAGAACGUCCCCCUUGACAUCGAGAAUACUUCUCAAAACUAUUCCCUUCUGAUCACCAAUGAUAAAGGUGAGCGCAUGUAUGGAUACUGUCGAAGGGUACUGCCGGAAGGUUCGACUUGUUGUCUGCCCCUGGCGUACUGCAUUCUCAGCAAACACCGAGCACCGAG